GUACACAUGGAUCAAUGGUCUGCGCUGAAUGGCUGCGUUCUGCCAGAGGUGGAGAUUGGACAUGAGCGCUGUGAUCUGCUCCAGUCGUUCUCACAGCAGGACAUCUGGCAGUUUUAACUAUAGUUUGACCAGUGAUACAUGGAAACAAAACACAAGAGAAGUAUGAGGCAACACUGUGCUCUCAAACAUGGAAUAUUCAAGGAAUUCCUGGCAGAAUUCCUGGGAACAUUUGUCUUGGUUUUAUUUGGCUGUGGCUCCGUAGCUCAGACUGUCCUGAGUCGAAACACCCUCGGGGAGCCUCUUACCGUCCACAUCGGCUUCUCUGUGGGGCUGAUGAUGGCAUCUUACGUGGCCGGUGGAGUGUCAGGGGGGCAUGUGAACCCUGCUGUGUCUCUGGCCAUGGUGAUUCUGGGCAAACUGAAGAUCUGGAAGUUUCCAUUUUAUGUCAUCGCCCAGUUUCUUGGUGCUUUUGCCGGGGCAGCUGCAGUCUUUGGAUUAUACUACGAUGCAUUCAUGGACUUCACCAGUGGGAUUCUGUCAGUGACAGGAAUCAAUGCAACAGGUCACAUUUUCGCCUCAUAUCCUGCGAGACACCUGUCAGUUCUUGGUGGCUUCAUCGACCAGGUGGUGGGGACGGGGAUGCUGGUGCUGUGUAUCCUUGCGAUCAUCGAUGGUGGAAACAUUGGAGCUCCUAAAGGUGUGGAGCCUCUGGCCAUCGGUCUGAUCAUCAUGGCCAUCGGUGUGUCCAUGGGACUGAACUGUGGUUACCCCCUGAACCCUGCUCGAGACCUGGGACCCCGACUGUUCACAGCUGUGGCAGGAUGGGGUAUGGAGGUCUUCAGCACUGCAGACUACUGGUGGUGGAUCCCUGUGGCGGGGCCCAUGGUGGGGGGUGUGGUCGCAGCCGUGAUUUACUACCUGCUCAUCGAGCUGCACCACCACCGCGAUGAGCCAGAGAAGCCCCACGAGGAGGAGGAAGAGGAAGAGGAAGACGAGGAGGACGAGGACAGCAGCCUGAAGGACAAAUAUGAGAUGAUCACCAUGAGCUAAAAGAACAAGAGACAUUAACCUCCGGGACUGACUUGUACAUGAUCACACUCAGCUGUUUUACUGUCAAUCAACCUGAAGAACCACCAGCAACAGGUUUCCUCUGUCAGUGCGCUCUUUUUGCAAACUCAUAGGCUGUAGACUGACGUUAUGUUCUGCAGAGACACUGCUGCGACCACUAGAAAACUCAAGGGUUAAAAAAGGAAGUCCAAUAGAAAAGCUGCAGGUAGUCUCACAAAAUUAGCAGCAAGAUUUGUUUGGUGUGGGCUGUGUGUAGAAAUACAGAAAACAAGCAAAACAUACAAUCAUCUCUAUGAAAUAACCCUGGUUUAGUUUAAUGCUGGACUGUCUUUCCUGCAGCUGCACUUUCAUUCUUGGUUUCAUAAAAGCAUGAAAAUCUCA